GGUGCAUCACAAAAAGAAAAAUGGAGAACCUGUUACAGAAUUAGCAAAAAACAAAAUUGAAAAGCUGGAGCCACUCAACCAAAAAGAAGUAGAUGUCUCACAAACUGGUAGCUCAGGAGGAAGCUUAAUGUGGGCAGCUACUGAUGCUUAUGCCGAAGUGAUAGGCAAAGAACGGCAUGGCCGUGUUCGUGGUGUAGGAUUCGGCCCAACUCCUUCUAUGUUUGGUACCUCAUCAAUUAACACAUCUCAGCGGCUAAGGAUGGUUCCGGAAGAAGAAAUUUUAAGGGAUAAAGAGGAAAUACGUGAUCUUAAAGACAGAUUAAAAUUCAUAGAGGAGAAAGUGGCAUUCCUUUUAUCCCAACAAUCAAAUAUUUGUUCUUCACAAGUUGAAAAGAUUGCUGAAGAUAUAAUUUUAGAGAGAUCAAGUGCAUCAGAAAAUAGUAGAGAUGGCAAAGGUACAAGUGUAUUGGAGCAGCAAGGAGUUCAAGCUACUGAGACUGCCCAACCUCGCAAGCGACGUCGCUAUCGUUUGGAGAAAGUACAUGUAUUUAGCUUGGGUGUUAGUACUGAUGACUGUAGGAGGACUUUAAAUUGAGGCUAACUAAGGUAUGUUUG